CCGAUACAAUCAAUUCUAUAUGUCUUCUCCAUCUCAGUCUAUGGUAAGCAAAAUGCGAAGUGUGAAAACAUUUGCUUUAUUCUAUUUUGCAGCCCUUCUCCUAGUCUUUGUUCAUGUGGACAAGAUAGAUGCCCAGAGAAGCCGGCCUCCACUAUGUUCUUCACAGUUUUCACUUGCAAACUAUGCCUGUGGCAGUCUGCCAUUCAUGCAACUACCACCACCUUCCUCUCUUCCUCCUCCAACGCUCUCUUUAAAGUCGUCCUCUAAUCCGCCUCCUCCGCCGACAUCUCCAACGUCUUCUCCUUCCCCACCUGGUCAAGGUCGAGGAAGGCACAGGCAUGGGCGGGGCCACCAUCGCCACCAUCGAAUCUCCACACCUGCAGAGCAGAAUUGUUGCAGGUGGCUGAACGAGUUGGAUGCUGAAUGUGUGUGUGAACUGUUGGUUCGGUUGCCACCUUUCCUGGCAAAGCCUUCUCACAAGUACACGCUCUAUGUCAAUGAAGCCUGCGUUAUAACUUUCUCGUGCUCAGGCCGAAUUGUGCCAUAGAAAAAAGGAAGAGCUACAACAUCUGUAAUCAGAUUCAGUAUCGAAUCUGUCUCAGAAUAAUUUCGAUGUAAUGCUGCCUGAUAGAAUUUCCAGACACUUGUUUCUUGGGUAGCCCACAGUGUUCUAUAUGAUAGAUGAAUACAACACACCGAAAGUCCAUUGCUCUUUGUUUCUUGCAAUGAAGCAGAAUCCAUCAU